CUCUCCACAAGGUUUGUGCUUUCUCUGCAGACCAGACCGAGAGAGGAAGGAGCAGAAGCAGAAGCAGAAGCAGAGAGAGAGAGAGAGAGAGUUCUUGCGAAGAAUCUCUCUGGAAGCAUAGCAAUUUUCAGAGAGAGUCGAUAUCUUUGAGGUCAAGAAACCAUGACUGCUGAAGUUAAGGUCGAGGAGAAACAGGUUGAGACCGAGGUUGUCGUUGCUCCUCAGGAAGAGACAGAGAAAGUUGUCGAGGAAACAGUGAAAGCUCUCGAGGAAGAUGUCAAAGAGACUGUUGAAAAGGAGACUCUUCAGGAGGAGAAGAAGCCUGAAUCCGUAGAGAAGAGCGCUUCCUUCAAGGAAGAGAGCAACUUCUUCUCUGAUUUGAAGGAGUCUGAGAGAAAGGCUCUGAGCGAUCUGAAAUCGAAGCUCGAGGACGCCAUUGUUGGAAACACUCUGUUCAAGAAGAAGGAGAAUCCAGUGAAGGAGAAGAAGGAAGAAUCGAAGAAAGAAGCUGAGGAAGAGAAGAAAGUGGAGGAAAAGGUUGAAGAAGAGAAGAAAGCAGAGGAGAAAACCGAAGAAGAGAAGAAAGAAGAUGUCGUGGCAGAAGAAGAGAAGAAGAGUGAGGCUCUUGUUACAGAAGAAGCCCCUAAAAAAGAAGUGAAAGUUGAGGCUGAGGAAGAGAAGAAGAAGACUGAGGCCAUUGUUACAGAAGACGCCCCUAAAGAAGAAGUAAAACCUGAGGCUGAGGAAGAGAAGAAGACUGAGGAUGUUGUUGUGGGAGAAGAGGAGAAAGCUGGGGCCGCCGAAGAGAAGAAAACAGAGGCUAUUGUUACAGAAGAAACUCCUAAAGAAGAAGUGAAAGCUGAGACCGAAAAAGAGAAGAAGAAGGUCGAAGAUGAGGAGGAAGAAGAAGAAGAGACGGUCGAUCAGGACAUCUCUCUCUGGGGAGUGCCUUUACUACCAGGCAAAGGAGGUGAUGCCACUGAUGUAAUUCUCUUGAAAUUCUUGAGGGCAAGAGACUUCAAAGUGAAUGAAGCCUUUGAGAUGCUGAAGAAGACUCUCCUAUGGAGGAAAAAACACAACAUAGACUCGAUCCUAGAGGAAGAUUUCGGCGAAGAACUCAAAUCUGCAGCUGCCUACAUGAACGGCGUAGACCUCGAAGGUCGACCAGUGUGUUACAAUGUCUAUGGAGUGUUUGACAAUGAGGAGCUUUACAAGAAAACCUUCGGAACAGAGGAGAACAGAGAGAAGUUCUUGAGGUGGAGGUUUCAGCUGAUGGAGAAGGGAAUUCAGAAGCUUGAUUUGAAACCUGGCGGUGUUACUUCCCUUCUUCAGAUCCACGAUCUUAAGAACUCUCCCGGGUUAACAAAGAAAGAGAUCAGGGUUUCGAUUAAGCAUGCGAUUGAGGCAUUGCAAGACAAUUACCCUGAACUCGUUUCAAGAAAUAUAUUUAUCAAUGUGCCAUUCUGGUUCUACGCUCUGAACGCUCUCUUGUCGCCAUUCUUGACGCAACGGACCAAAAGCAAGUUCUUGGUAUGUCGCCCGGCUAAAGUCACCGAGACCCUCCUCAAGUACAUCCCCGCAGAGGAGAUCCCUGUUCAGUACGGUGGGUUUAAAAGAGACGACGAUCUUGAAUUCUCCGGUGAACAUGCGUCUGGCACUAUUUCUGAAGUAAUCGUCAAGCCUGGAUCGUCUGAAACCAUCGAAAUCCAUGCUCCCGAGGUGGGAGCUACUCUGGUUUGGGACAUAGCAGUCCUUGGCUGGGAAGUGAACUACAAGGAAGAGUUUGUCCCGGCGGAUGAAGGGUCCUACACAGUGAUCGUUCAAAAGGGCAAGAAGAUUGGAUCAAACGAGGGACCGACCCGAAACAGUUUCAGGAACAACGAGCCGGGAAAGAUCGUUCUUUCGGUCGACAAUGCCUCGGGCAAGAAGAAGAGAGUUCUGUAUCGGUACAAGACAAAGAUUGGAUCCUCUUUCUGAGGAAGAGUCUUCCACAAGUAAAAAUCCUAUAUAUUGUUUUGGAUAUACAAUCUUCUUUUAUAUACACAAUUCUUUCUUUCUUUUUUUCCUUUUUGAGUGAGAGAGAGCAUUGUUAUUGUUAUUGUUUCAUUCUUUUCUUUGCUUUGUGAGGGGGAACCGUUUGAAUGUUUUGGUGAAGUUUUUCUGGUCGGUCCUUCAAAUAACAGUUGAAAUUCAUAUACUUUGCA